AUGAUAGUUCUGCAUUGUACAGCGACGGCGGUGUCUCUCCAAAGCCUGCACAAGAAGAGGAUUUAUCAUCAGGAUUUGAGGCCUCAGAACAUCCUCCUCAUUGACUCUGACGUCGCCUUCAUCUCUGACUUUGGUGCUGCGAGUCUACUCCCUGAGGGAUGUGACAAGGUGGACACGUGGGCAGCUGCGCCUGGUUUCCGGGGACCCGAGGCGGACCAGGAGGGUGGUCCCUUCUGUCCAUUCCAACUGGACACCUACAGCCUGGCUGUCACCAUGUGGCAGGUACUAUCUAGUCUGUGUCCAGUCAAGAACAAGCCUUUGGAUCCCCUAGACAACAUCCCCCCGCAGUACGCUGCCUUGUUGAGGAACCUUCUUCUUCCGGACCCCGACAGGAGAUGGACCCUAGACAAGUUCCUCACUGAGGCCCUGGAGCUGCACCCGGACCUGUCCUGUCUUCUCUGA